CCGUCGUUUGGGUUAUUACUUCGGUAAACUCCUACCAGACUACAUGGCGCAGCAACCCCGUAGACAUUCGGCUUCAGACUCACCGCCGUGAAAAUCUCAAUUCCUAUACAGCGGCAACAAUUAUCGUAAUACUCGCCGCCGUGAGAACCUAACAUAGCACAAACCACAUGUUUUUGAAAAAAGAUAGCAAUGAAAGGGACAUGCACUUCAUUCAUAAUGUAAUAUGAAUUUAGUCUCAUUGAACAAACAGUUAACUGGAACGCAUCCUUCAACGUAGUUUUGGUGGGUGCGGUUGUUUCAAUAUCUGUGAUUGCAAGCUCAGACGAUAGUCUUUGUCUCGUAAGAGAACUAUGAAGUGUAAAUUGGAUUCUUGCAAGUAGUCAGCGUAUUAUUAAUUUAAUGUUGGUAAUGAUUAAAACUUUAAAUGUAACGAGAAAUAUGGUGCUUUUAUGAACAUUUUGUGAUGCCGUUAUCUAAUAGAUUAGAAAUGUCAUCAGAAAAAUUAUGUCAGCAGUUUGAAGGACAGCUUUGCAAAUACACGAAUGUUAUGAAGGGUUGGCAAUUCCGGUGGUUUUUGUUGGAUCCAGAGACAGGUGUACUUGACUAUUUUUUGAACGAGUCGGAGCGGAAACAGCGUCCGCGUGGCUCGGUGCAUCUAGCGGCAGCUGUUAUCUCUCCAAGCGAUGAAGAUUCCAAUACGUUUACAGUUAACUCUGCAACUGGCGACAUGUUCAAGUUACGGGCUGCUGAUGCCCGAGCACGUCAUGAAUGGAUUAGCCGUAUUCGAUCAGUUGCAGAAAUGCACACGAUGGCAAUCGCACAAAGUAAUCCCCCUCUUCCACCUCGAGAGCACCUUGUGACGCCCCACAGUUCAUCUUCUUUGACUGGUCCAGGUCCUCAACAAGGAACCAGAGUUCAUUGUACGCUGGCGGUGUUGGAUGCAUUCAGUUCUGCGAGGGAUCACAUUCAUCGAGCAGAUCAAAGCAGUUAUUCGCUUAGUCGAGCCAUAGAAGACUUGCCUGGAUCAGGUCCGUGCGUCAGGAAUAUUGAUGAAGAAAUGUUGUUGUUGAAGGCUACUGCGCAGGCAACAGUUUACUGUCUGAGUCAGUGCUUGUCAAUUUUGCAACAGCAACAGAUAGUAUCUGCGCAUAAAAUUAUGCUUGCGCCCCCAUCUUUCCGUUCCACCCCUUCAGUGCCAUCUUCUGGAGGAGGUGGAGUUUUUCCAAGAAAGACUUCUUCCAUGCAUCCUAUACAGUAUGAUGCAUAUGACACUAAGAAAAGUUUUCAGCGCAAGUUCUCAACCGUGUGGCCUGAAACCUCACCAAUACCAUUUCCUACCAGCAAUGAGAAUCCAGCUAGCAUCAGCUCAAGAGAUGAAUUGACAGAUGAAGAAGAUGUUCCAGAAUCCUCUCUUGUUCCAUUUGAGGAGCACAAAUCAGUUAUUCUUCACUUGUUGUCACAACUGAAACUGGGGAUGGACCUCACACGUGUUGUACUGCCAACAUUCAUCUUGGAGAAGAGGUCUCUACUUGAGAUGUUUGCAGAUUGCAUGGGACAUCCACAGUUAUUUGUCUGCAUACCUGAUGAAUUGACACCAUUUGGCCGUAUGAUGGCACUCCUUGAAUGGUACCUUACUUCUUUCCAUAUGGGACGGAAAGACUCCGCCGCCAAAAAGCCGUAUAAUCCCAUAAUUGGAGAAACAUUCCAUUGCUCAUGGAGGGUACUAAAUAUAAAUCCUGCUUCUAAGACACACACAAGCUUAAGAGCCAAAUUUUCACAUGAGACUAUAAAUUUGAGUCCACAGUUAGGAAAAUCUGUGGCUGAAAGUAUUGCUACGGAUAAGGAUGUGGAUCCUGAAAGUGAUAGCCCCGCGUCUGGACAAAGUCCAAAGUUACCAGAAGAUUCUGAAACAGGUAGAUCUCCAUUUGACAUCACAGAACACGUGAAACUGAGUGAUACGCAUGCAGUGACGUAUGUGAAAGCAGCAAAGAGUAACAAUGCUGGUUUGGUGUCGGCAGAGACAGUGAAAGAUUUGGGUGAGGACAAAGAAGUGAUGUCAGUUACAGCAAGUGAAAUUAUUGAAGUCACCUAUACAGCUGAGCAAGUUUCUCACCAUCCUCCGGUAACAGCAUUUUAUGUGGAGUGUCCUGCAAAGAAAAUGUGUUUAAAUGCUUCCAUUUGGACCAAGUCCAAUUUCUCUGGAAUGUCUGUCGGGGUGAAUAUGAUUGGAGAAUUGAACCUUCACUUGGGCAGCCAUGGUGAACGCUAUGACUUCACCUUACCAUCGGCUUACGCUCGUUCGAUAAUAUCAGUGCCCUGGGUGGAACUCGGGGGUAAAGCUACCAUCAGUUGCCCUGCAACAGGGUAUUCUGCUGCCAUCAUAUUCCAUACCAAGCCAUUCUAUGGAGGCAAAGUUCACCAAGUGACAGCUGAAGUAAGGGACCAGACUGGUGCACUUGAGUGCAAAGUUCAGGGAGAAUGGAAUAGUCAUUAUGAAUUUAUAUACUCAAAUGGAGAAAGCAAAGUAGUCAAUGUUAAUGAGCUCCUGUCUUACAAGAAGAGAAUACAAAAAAUAUCAGAGCAGCGAGGAAAUGAGUCGCGCAAACUGUGGUAUAAUGUUACGCAGGCAUUGAAGAUGGGCGACAUUGAUGCAGCUACUGAAUAUAAGCGAAGGCUGGAAGAACAGCAAAGACUUGAACAGAGGGUUAGGAGGGAAUCAGGCAUUCAGUUCCCUACAGCUUAUUUUAAUAAAAAAGGCGAUCAUUGGGUUUUCAGUAACUUAUUGUGUGAAUCGUAACUCAGUGAUUGAAGUGAUGGCAUAAAGGUUUGUAUCGUUGGUGAAUGUCUUGUAAUCGUAUCACUGAUCCCGCUUAUGUUACUUGAAGGUAACAGUUCAAAGCUUUUAGUGCAUUAUAAACUCAGCAUACUAAAUGUGCAGUCUAGGAAGCCGUCUUCAAGACCAGCAACAAAUUCUCAGGGUAUGUAAUUGUGGAAGAAGGAAUACUGCUUAGCUUCAGAUGCCUGACGGUAGAAGACAGUGAUUGAUCUUUAUGCCUUGAUUUAAAUUUUUGCAUCAGUGAAACAUAUCAUAUUAACUUGUGAUGCGGAGUUCAUUUAAGUGUUGUUGUGUUUUUUCCCCCCAUUAAGAGGCAGUGAAGAAUUGUGUGUGUGUGUGUAUGCACGUGCACAUACAUAAAUAUGAGUAUAUGAAAUUAUAUGCACGUAUGACUGAUACUGAUUACAGCAAUAUAACCCCCUUGACUGUUCUCUUUGUUUUAAUUUGUUACUAAAAAUUCUACCCUUGUUCUCUUUUUAACACUUGAUCCUUCCAGAGAUAGGGAUUAGCUCUAUCGAUUGGGCCCAACUGAGUAGGUCUACCUGAAGGCGGAGAUAGAGUCCCAUUUCCGAAAUGUCAUGUAAUUUUAUGAUUUUAUUAGACGAUGGAAAACAUCCAGAAAACUUUUUACUCUUAAAGAUUAUUUGACCAAGUAGAUUAUCACUGUGCUUGCAAAAAAACUUUCGUUCUUGCUAGAUGUAGUCCAUUCUGAUACGUUAUGUAAUCAUAAGAAUAAAAGCCCUCUGCAAGGGGCGUCAGUGUCGGCAAUUAAGCAGGUCACAGAAAAAGGCCUGCUGAAGUGUUUCCAGCUUUGGUAAGGCUGCCGGCAGAAAAGUGUCUAGCAGCGAAAGGGAACUAUUUCAAAAGUGGUGUGCAAUGAAACCUGCCUUGAUGAGAGGUAAGCUUGUGUGCUUUGAAGUUUACAAACUUUUUGACUUCACCAUGUAAUUGAAUCAUGUAUUAAUUUAUAGUUUUGUGGAAUUGGAUAGUAUGGAGAAACAAACUCACAUGUUGCUAAACAGACAUUUCAAAGUAUUACAUAAUCAUAAAUGUCUUGUAGACUUAACAAAAGUAUUUUGAAGGGAUAAAGUUAGUACACCUGAACUAAUAAAUCAGCACUUAGUGUAGAUGUAUAACGCUAUAUUUAAAGUUGUACACUGUACAGAUAUUCUAAGUAAUUUUUUAUAAUAUUGUGAAGGGAGAUGCAUCAUUAUAUUUGGUGCUGUUUCAUUCUGGUCCACAGAUAAUCCAGGCUGUAUAUAACAAAUGUUUGAGCCAUCAUACGUUUUGUCACAUUACUUUGUAGUUACUUUACGAUUCUUGCGUAAAGUUGUUACAUGCUAGUAUUCGCUCAUUUAUUCAUUAUGUCGCACAUACACUUCAAUUUACACGUGAAUUUUUACAAGAUGUAUCAGUAAAUUUUUUGUUGAUGAUUUUUCUUUCUUUACUGACUUAAUGAAUAUACAGUGGGCCUUCAGUAUAUGUCAUUAAUUGGCUCCUUAAUAGUGUGAUGGGCUAUGUAAUGACAGAAGGAGCAUGUUGUAAUCAUGAUUCAAUCUAGAGAAGACAUAAACGUGAAAACAAAACUGAUUUUUUUUCUUUUUUGGGUAAUUAAGCAUCAAUAAAGACUAGCCUUGAAACUGAAAAAUUGUAGCUUCUGGCUUAUAAUAAUCGAAUCCGCAUUGUCUCGUUUAGCUUACUGAUCAGAAAUCAGGUUCAGUUAUAAUUAGAUUAAUAGACAGUAGAUUGUGAAGCCAAAAUGUGUUGAUGGCCCAUUGUACACUCUCUCAAAAGUUGGCUUCUUUUUGGAAUAAUUUUUAUAAUAUGUGUGCUUUCUUCCAUUUGGUGUAAUUGUAUAUAUUAAACAGUGGUUGGGGCACUUACAGAACUUUGCUCUGUUUGGCUCCAUAUUUUUGGCAGAGAGACUUUAUCAUAAGUCCAUGCCUUAUGUAAAUCCAUGUAUGGUUCGUAGUUGCAGUCAUGGUUAUCUUUUGGUAUCUUCAUCCAUAUGUACAUAUAGAAGCCAUGUGGAAUGAAAAGGUACACAAUCCUGAAUUUCACUUCUUAAAACAUGUAGCUGAUGACAUUCAGUUAACAUGAUUUUUUAGUGGCUCAUGGGUGGUUAUUUGUAUAAUUUUAAAUCAUACAAAAGAGCACAGAUAUAAUUAUAUAUAUAUAGUAACUUAAGAUGAAAUGGUAGUGGUUAAAAUAACAAUUUGAUAAUCCACAAAUUCAAAUGUUACACCUAAAUCUGUAUUAAUCAUUCCAGCAAGGCCAUGUUUCAGACUUAUUAUACUGGUAACAGUGAUCUUUAUCACCAGAUAUUGCUGAACGUUUCUAAAUUUUGUAUGUACGAGACUGUUUCAAAAAGUGAGGUAACAUGCACUCCCAUGUGAAGGACUACAUUUCUCCAUUGAUUCACAUGUGGUACAUAAAAAGAAAUUUAGUACACAUAUUCACCGCAGGUGUUAAAUCACCAUGACACCAAGACAUUGUUCUGGUGUGAAAGAAAUUGCUGCCAACUGCCGGGAAACGACAAUGUAUUUCGUGUUGCUGUCGGUUGCAAAUUGCUUACCUAACGGAUGCUCCUUUAGGGGUCCAAAGAGAUGGAAAUCAGUUGUUGUGAAGUUUGUACUACGUGGUGGGUUAUCCGAAACCUCCCACUCAUCUGAUGUGCUGCUACCUUUCUUUUUUAAACACUCUCUUAUGAUCUGUAAGUAUACUUUCAUGCAGCUUAAACAGUGCCCAUUAGACUAAUUUAAGUAUGGUGCUUGUAUAGGUACUGACUCCUUUUAGUUCAUGUUAUAUAAUUGUAAGAAGUUUCAUAUAUGAUUCUAUAAGACCUGUAAUUUUACUAGAUGCAGAAGACAGAGAUAAAUGCCACAUGGCAACAAUCUAAUCAUUUCAUGCAUAUCCUAGCAUUCUAAGAAGUCAUGUGUAUCAAUAUAAAUUCUAGUUUCAAUAACGUAAAAAAUAUUUAGCAUAAUACGCAGAUGGGCAUUAGUUUUUUAGGCAAGAGACAAGGUUUUAUUUUUUUACGUAGACAUUAAGUUCUUAUUAACUGAUUUGAGCAUUCUCUGGGCUUUCAAUAUAUUGUUACAAUCAAUAAAUAGUAAUUUAAUUCAUAGUUCCAUUACUCACCUACUGUUAACUACUCAUGGUUUAACCUUUAAGGAAAUGGGGGAUUUGAACUCCUAUACUAUGGGGCUGCUGGCAACACUUUAACUUCUGGGUUAAUGGCUUAGUCGUAUGCUAUUGUGAUACAUGGCCAGCUAAGUCAUUGUUCACAUCUUUUUCUCAAUUCACUUCUUUAUUAUAAAUGUCCUGCAUCAACAGCUAGAUAGCCAAUUACAGAUGCAGCAUAAGAACAAAAUUAAUACAACUACAUAAUAAUCAAAUUAUCGAGAAAUGACAUAGCUGUAGCAAAGACUUCUAAAGGAAGGAUAAUGUACCUGUCAGUCCAUAUAUUGCCUUGAAUUAGAUACUGUCAUUUUCAUUGGGAAUUCAGCAAAGAUCUGAGUUACUUGUCUUGUUGGCAGAACUGAGUUGUGUAUGUAUGUACCUAGUGGUAAAUAUAAAAUGGAUCUGAUUUUAACAUGAA